GGAGGAGGGACUCGGCCACCUUCGUCUCCUGCCUGGUCGGAAACUGCCGAGCUGAGCCCGAGCGCCCUGUCCCCCCUCGCUCCCGUCCCCUCCUCCUCCUUCCCCCUCAGCAAAAUGGCGGCGCGUGGAGUCACUGGGAGCCAGUGAGUGACUCGGCUUCUCCUCCCCGCCGCUACCGCCGCCGCCACAGGCUCAUUUGCAUUGAUCAGCCGCCCCAUCCCCCCCCCCCUCCCCCGGAUCCCAGACCGGCCCCUACCUCUCCCCCCCCCCCUUUCUCUUCCUAUUCCUUCCCGCCCCCUCCUUCCCCUCCCCCCCUGACUGACCCCCGCCCCGGCCCCCAUCAAUCAUCAAUCAGCAGCACCGAGUGGAUCAAUCAAUGGUCGGGAGGAGGCGGCGGCGGCGGCUGCUGCUGUUAAUGAACAAUGUGUGAGAGCUGCGCCGAGCUGCUGGAGGUGUUAAAUGAGAUAUCAGACAUUGAAGGUGCUGAUGGGUUGCAGCUCAGAAAAGAACAUGCCCUCAAGAUAUUUGCUUACAUCAGUUCCUGGACACAAAGACAAUGUCUGUGCUGUUUCAAGGAGUAUAAACAUUUGGAGAUCUUUAACCAAGUAGUAUGUGCGCUGAUUAACUUAGUGAUUGCCCAAGUUCAAGCUCUGCGGGACCAGCUCUGUAAACAUUGCACUAUUAAUAUAGAUUCAACAUGGCAAGAUCAGAGUAAUCACGCUGAUGAGCCCCUGAAUGUAGAAAGAGAGUCACACGAAGAAGAGAAUGGAGAACGGCAAAAAUCUAUAGAGAAGAAAUUAGAUUCUGCAAGAACUUGUAUCCUGACAGAGGAGGAGUCUACAAAGAACACUGAUGCUUUUAGCUUAUGGAGCACUGAUGAGAAGGAAAAGUUAUUGCUGUGUGUGGCAAAAAUCUUUCAGAUUCAGUUUCCUCUGUAUACUGCUUAUAAGCAUAAUACUCAUCCCACAAUAGAGGAUAUUUCUGCUCAAGAAAGCAAUAUAUUAGGGGCGUUCUGUGAUAUGAAUGAUGUUGAAGUACCAUUGCACUUGCUUCGUUAUGUUUGUCUGUUUUGUGGAAAAAAUGGCCUUUCCCUCAUGAAGGAUUGUUUUGAAUAUGGAACCCCUGAAACACUGCCAUUUCUCAUAGCACAUGCAUUUAUCACAGUGGUAUCUAAUAUCAGAAUAUGGCUACACAUCCCUGCUGUCAUGCAGCACAUUAUACCCUUUAGGACUUAUGUUAUCAGGUAUUUAUGUAAACUGUCAGACCAGGAGUUGCGACAGAGUGCAGCCCGGAACAUGGCAGAUUUAAUGUGGAGCACAGUUAAAGAACCGUUGGAUACAGCCUUGUGUUUUGAUAAAGAAAGUCUUGAUCUUGCGUUUAAAUACUUUAUGUCUCCAACUCUAACAAUGAGAUUGGCUGGGCUGAGUCAAAUAACAAACCAACUUCAUACCUUCAAUGAUGUCUGUAAUAAUGAGUCAUUAGUUUCAGACACAGAAACGUCAAUUGCAAAAGAGCUUGCAGACUGGCUCAUCAGCAACAGUGUAGUUGAGCACAUUUUUGGACCAAAUUUACAUAUUGAGAUCAUCAAACAGUGCCAAGUGAUUCUGAAUUUUCUUGCAGCUGAAGGGAGACUUAGCACUCAACAUAUAGACUGUAUUUGGGCUGCAGCACAGCUAAAGCAUUGCAGUCGUUACAUACACGACUUGUUUCCUUCUUUGAUCAAAAACUUGGACCCUGUCCCACUUAGACAUCUUCUUAACCUAGUCUCGACUCUUCAUCCAAGUGCUCACACUGAACAGACCUUGUAUUUAGCAUCAAUGCUUAUAAAAGCGCUGUGGAAUAAUGCACUAGCAGCUAAGGCUCAGCUGUCAAAACAAAGCUCUUUUGCAUCUUUACUAAGCACCAAUCUACCCAUGGGAAACAAAAAAGAAGAAGAGGAGCUCAGAAGAGCAGCCCCUUCACCUUGGUCACCUGCAGCAAGCCCUCAAAGUAGUGACAACAGUGACACCCAUCAGAGUGGAGGCAGUGAUAUUGAAAUGGAGGAACAGCUUAUUAACAGAACAAAACACGUACAGCAGCGACUUUCAGAUACAGAGGAAUCCAUGCAAGGAAGCUCUGAUGAGACAGCCAACAGCGGGGAGGACGGCAGCAGCGGUCCUGGUAGUAGCAGUGGCCACAGUGAUGGAUCCAGCAAUGAGGCCAACUCCAGUCAUGCAAGCCAGUCUGCUGGAAGCCCUGGCAGUGAUGUGCAAUCUGAAGAUAUUGCAGAUAUUGAAGCUCUCAAAGAGGAAGAGGAUGAAGAGGAAGAGGAUAGGAGUCAUAAUCCUCAGAAAAGCAGUAGGAGCACAGAUCUACGAGGCAGGAAACUGGAAUCACAGACAGGCAUUUGUCUGGGAGAUUCACAAGGGCCUUCGGAGAGGAGUGGUGCAAACAACGGGGCGGGAAAGGACCAUGUUUUUAACACUGACUCUGUGACACCAGUGGAUAAUCGAAUUAGACUGCUAGAUGCUUGUUCUCAUGCUGAGGAUGCAGAGCAUGAUAUAGCAGGGGAAAUGAGCACUGCUCACAUUUCACAAGGGUCUCAAGAUUCUUGUAUAACUCACACAGGGGACUUCCUUGGGGAAACUAUUGGAAAUGAAUUAUUUAACUGUCGACAAUUCAUCGGGCCGCAGCAUCAUCACCACCACCACCACCACCACCACCAUCACCAUGAUGGGCAUAUGGUUGAUGAUAUGCUAAGUGCAGAUGAUGUGAGUUGUAGUAGUUCCCAAGUCAGUGCAAAAUCAGAGAAAAAUAUGGCUGAUUUUGAUGGGGAAGAGUCUGGCUGUGAAGAAGAACUUGUACAAAUUAAUUCACAUGCAGAGCUAACGUCUCAUCUUCAGCAGCAUCUUCCUAACCUUGCCUCUAUCUAUCAUGAACAUCUUAGUCAAGGACCAGCAGUUCAUAAACACCAAUAUAAUAGCAAUGCGGUGACAGACAUUAAUUUGGAUAAUGUUUGUAAGAAAGGAAAUACCCUUUUGUGGGAUCUGGUCCAGGAUGAAGAUGCAAUUCAUCUCUCUGAAGGGUUAAUAAAUGAAGCAGAGAAGCUGCUGUGUUCUCUAGUGUGCUGGUUCACUGACAGACAAAUUCGAAUGAGAUUUAUUGAAGGCUGCUUAGAAAAUUUAGCUAACAACAGAUCAGUAGUAGUUUCACUUCGUCUUCUUCCAAAGCUAUUUGGUACGUUUCAACAGUUUGGGAGCAGUUAUGAUACACAUUGGAUAACAAUGUGGGCAGAAAAAGAACUUAAUAUGAUGAAACUUUUCUUUGAUAAUUUGGUACACUACAUUCAAGCAGUCAGGGAAGGACGACAUAAGCAUGCAUUAUACAGCCACAGUGCAGAAGUUCAGGUUCGUCUGCAAUUCCUGACAUGUGUGUUUUCAACUCUAGGGUCGCCAGAUCAUUUCAGGUUGAGUUUAGAACAAGUGGACAUACUGUGGCACUGCUUAGUAGAAGAUUCUGAAUGUUAUGAUGAUGCACUACACUGGUUUUUAAAUCAAGUACGAAGUAAAGAUCAGCAUGCUAUGGGUAUGGAGACGUACAAGCAUCUUUUUUUGGAAAAGAUGCCACAACUAAAACCUGAAACUAUUAGCAUGACUGGCCUAAACCUCUUCCAGCAUUUGUGUAAUCUGGCUCGAUUGGCUACUAGUGCGUACGAUGGUGGCUCAAACUCAGAGUUGUGUGGCAUGGACCAGUUCUGGGGUAUUGCUUUAAGAGCACAGUCUGGUGAUGUGAGUCGAGCAGCUAUCCAGUAUAUCAACUCUUACUAUAUCAACGGUAAAACUGGUCUAGAGAAAGAACAGGAAUUUAUUAGCAAGUGCAUGGAAAGCCUGAUGAUAGCCUCCAGUAACCUUGAGCAAGACUCUCAUUCAAGCCUGACCAUCAUUGAAAGAGGACUCUUAAUGCUGAAGACACACCUGGAGGCUUUUAGGAGAAGGUUUGCAUAUCAUCUGAGACAGUGGCAGAUUGAAGGCACUGGUAUCAGCAGCCACUUGAAAGCUCUGAGUGACAAACAGUCACUGCCACUAAGAAUUGUAUGUCAGCCAGCCGGGCUUCCUGACAAGAUGACUAUAGAAAUGUACCCUAGUGACCAGGUGGCUGAUCUACGGGCAGAAGUCACCCAUUGGUACGAAAAUUUGCAGAAGGAGCAGAUAAAUCAACAAGCACAACUUCAGGAGUUUGGCCAAAGCAGCCGCAAAGGGGAUUUCCCUGGUGGCCUCAUGGGACCUGUGAGAAUGAUUUCAUCUGGGCAUGAACUGACAACUGACUAUGAUGAAAAAACACUUCAUGAGUUGGGUUUUAAGGAUAUGCAGAUGGUGUUUGUCUCCCUGGGUGCACCGAGGAGGGAACGGAAAGGUGAAGGCGUUCAGCUUCCAGCAUCUUGCCUACCUCCUCCUCAGAAAGACAACAUUCCAAUGCUUUUACUCCUGCAAGAACCUCAUCUAACCACCCUUUUUGAUUUGUUAGAGAUGCUUGCCUCUUUUAAGCCUCCAUCUGGAGAAGUGGCUAUGGAAGACAGUGAGAGUGCAAGGUGUGAAGAACUCCAUCUCCACGCAGAAAACUUAUCCAGGCGUGUCUGGGAACUGUUAAUGCUUUUGCCAACGUGCCCUAAUAUGUUGCAGGCAUUCCAGAAUAUUUCAGAUGAGCAGGGUAAUGAUGGCUUUAGCUGGAAGGAUCUUCUGCGAAUAAAAAGUGCCCAUAAACUUUUGUAUGCCCUGGAAAUUAUUGAAGCUUUGGGAAAGCCCAACAGGAGGAUAAGACGUGAAUCUACGGGAAGCUACAGUGAUCUGUACCCAGACUCUGAUGAUUCAAGUGAAGAUCAAAUAGAGAAUAGUAAAAACACAUGGAGCUGCAAGUUUGUUGCUGCUGGAGGGCUCCAACAGUUACUAGAAAUUUUCAGCUCUGGAAUCUUAGAGCCCAAAGAACAGGAAUCAUGGACUGUGUGGCAGCUUGACUGUCUCGCCUGCUUACUGAAGCUCAUAUGCCAGUUUGCAGUUGAUCCUUCUGAUCUGGAUUUAGCUUACCAUGAUGUCUUUGCCUGGUCUGGUGUAGCAGAGAGUCACAGGAAAAGAACGUGGCCAGGCAAAUCAAGGAAGACUGCAAGUGACCAUACAAAGGGCCUUCAUAUACCUCGUUUAACAGAGGUGUUUCUUGUACUUGUCCAGGGAACCAGUUUGAUUCAGCGACUUAUGUCAGUUGCUUAUACAUAUGACAACUUGGCACCUAGGGUGUUGAAAGCUCAAUCUGAUCACAGAUCAAGACAUGAAGUCACUCAUUAUUCAAUGUGGCUCUUGGUGAGUUGGGCUCACUGCUGUUCCUUGGUGAAAUCCAGUCUGGCAGACAGUGAUCAUUUGCAAGACUGGCUAAAGAAGCUGACUCUUCUUAUUCCAGAGACUGCCGUUCGCCACGAGUCUUGCAAUGGUUUGUACAAGUUAUCUCUCUCUGGGCUGGAUGGGGGAGACUCAAUUAACCGAUCCUUUCUGCUGCUGGCUGCAUCUACAUUGUUAAAAUUUCUCCCUGAUGCUCAAGCUCUGAAACCAAUCCGGAUAGAGGAUUAUGAAGAAGAAACAGUGCUGCGACCAGGCUGUAAGGAGUAUUUUUGGCUGCUAUGCAAACUGAUUGACAACAUACAUGUCAAAGAUGCAAGUCAGACAACGCUGCUUGAUUUAGAUGCACUAGCAAGGCAUCUUGCUGACUGCAUUCGGAGCAGAGAAAUCCUUGACCAUCAAGAUGGUAAUAUAGAAGAUGAUGGACUUACGGGAUUACUUCGUCUUGCAACAAGUGUUAUUAAGCACAAACCACCCUUCAAAUUUUCUCGUGAAGGCCAGGAAUUUCUGAGAGACAUCUUCAAUCUUCUAUUCUUGCUGCCAAGUUUGAAAGACAGACAACAGCCAAAAUGCAAGUCACAUUCUUCAAGGGCUGCUGCUUAUGACUUGUUGGUAGAAAUGGUAAAGGGAUCCGUGGAAAACUACAGGCUGCUCCACAACUGGGUUAUGGCACAACAUAUGCAGUCUUCCCACGCACCAUACAAGUGGGAUUAUUGGCCACAUGAUGAUGUUCGUGCUGAGUGUAGAUUUGUGGGUCUAACAAAUCUUGGAGCAACGUGUUACUUGGCAUCCACUAUUCAGCAACUGUACAUGAUACCAGAGGCCAGACAAGCAAUCUUUACUGCAAAGUAUUCAGAAGAUAUGAAACACAAGACCACUCUACUAGAACUUCAGAAAAUGUUUACAUACUUAAUGGAAAGUGAAUGUAAGGCAUACAACCCAAGGCCUUUCUGUAAAACCUAUACCAUGGAUAAGCAGCCACUGAACACUGGAGAGCAGAAAGAUAUGACUGAAUUCUUCACUGACCUAAUAACAAAAAUAGAAGAAAUGUCUCCAGAACUGAAAAAUACAGUGAAAAGCUUGUUUGGAGGUGUCAUCACAAACAAUGUUGUCUCUUUGGACUGUGAGCAUGUAAGUCAGACUGCUGAAGAGUUCUAUACAGUAAGAUGCCAGGUUGCAGAUAUGAAGAAUAUUUAUGAAUCUCUUGAUGAAGUAACUAUUAAAGAUACCUUGGAAGGUGACAACAUGUAUACAUGUUCUCACUGUGGGAAGAAAGUGCGGGCUGAAAAAAGGGCAUGUUUCAAGAAACUACCUCGUAUCUUAAGCUUCAACACAAUGAGAUAUACAUUUAAUAUGGUAACCAUGAUGAAGGAGAAAGUCAAUACACAUUUUUCAUUCCCUUUACGUUUGGAUAUGACACCUUACACUGAGGAUUUCCUCAUGGGCAAAAAUGACAGAAAAGAAGGUUUUAAGGAAGAUGGUGAUUAUUUGAAAGAAACUGAGAGUUAUGAAUAUGAUCUGAUAGGCGUGACGGUUCACACGGGAACGGCAGAUGGAGGCCAUUACUACAGUUUCAUCAGAGAUAUAGUCAAUCCCCAUGCUUACAAAAACAACAAAUGGUAUCUUUUCAAUGAUGCUGAAGUAAAACCAUUUGAUUCUGCCCAGCUCGCUUCAGAAUGUUUUGGUGGAGAAAUGACUACAAAAACUUACGAUUCUGUCACUGAUAAAUUUAUGGACUUCUCCUUUGAAAAGACACACAGUGCUUACAUGCUGUUUUAUAAACGGAUGGAACCAGAGGAGGAAAAUGGCAAAGACUACAAAUUUGAUGUGUCAUCAGAAUUGCUGGAGUGGAUAUGGCAUGAUAACAUGCAGUUUCUUCAAGACAAGAACAUUUUUGAACAUACAUAUUUUGGGUUUAUGUGGCAGUUGUGUAGUAGCAUCCCAAGCACGCUACCAGAUCCAAAAGCAGUUUCCCUAAUGACAGCAAAGUUAAGCACUUCCUUUGUACUAGAGACAUUUAUUCAUUCAAAGGAAAAGCCUACAAUGCUUCAGUGGAUUGAACUGUUAACAAAACAGUUUAAUAACAGUCAGGCAGCUUGUGAAUGGUUUUUGGAUCGUAUGGCUGAUGAUGAUUGGUGGCCAAUGCAGAUUCUAAUAAAGUGUCCCAAUCAGAUUGUGAGACAGAUGUUCCAGCGUUUGUGUAUUCACGUGAUACAGAGGCUGAGGCCAGUGCAUGCACAUCUUUAUCUCCAGCCAGGAAUGGAAGACUGUUCGGAUGACAUGGAUGGCCCAGUGGAAGACAUUGGCAGUCGCUCUUGCGUGACACGCUUUGUGAAGACACUCCUGUCAAUUAUGGAGCACGGGGUGAAACCUCACAGCAAACACCUCACCGAAUACUUUGCCUUUCUGUAUGAGUUUGCCAAAAUGGGAGAAGAGGAAAGCCAGUUCUUGCUUUCACUGCAAGCCAUAUCUACAAUGGUCCACUUCUACAUGGGAACUAAAGGACCUGAGAACCCACAAGUUGAAGUACUUUCUGAGGAAGAAGGAGAGGAAGAGGAGGAAGAGGAAGAUAUACUUUCUUUAGCAGAAGAAAAAUACAGGCCUGCUGCACUUGAGAAGAUGAUUGCCCUGAUUGCUCUUCUGGUUGAACAGUCUCGCUCAGAAAGGCAUUUAACUUUGUCACAAAACGACAUGGCAGCACUAACAGGAGGAAAGGGUUUUCCUUUUUUGUUUCAACAUAUCCGUGAUGGUAUCAACAUCAGGCAAACUUGCAAUCUCAUUUUCAGUUUGUGUCGGUACAAUAAUCGCCUUGCAGAGCAUAUUGUGUCCAUGCUUUUCACAUCCAUAGCGAAGUUGACUCCUGAGGCAGCCAAUCCUUUUUUCAAGUUGCUGACCAUGCUCAUGGAAUUUGCUGGUGGACCUCCAGGAAUGCCACCCUUUGCCUCUUACAUUCUGCAGAGGAUAUGGGAGGUCAUUGAGUACAACCCAUCUCAGUGCCUGGAUUGGCUGGCUGUGCAAACACCCCGAAAUAAACUAGCUCACAGCUGGGUGCUGCAAAACAUGGAGAACUGGGUUGAACGUUUUCUUCUGGCACACAACUACCCUAGAGUGAGAACUUCUGCAGCCUAUCUCUUGGUGUCGCUUAUUCCGAGCAAUUCCUUCCGUCAGAUGUUCCGAUCGACCCGCUCUUUACACAUCCCCACACGUGACUUGCCUCUCAGCCCAGACACCACCGUAGUUCUUCAUCAAGUCUACAACGUGCUCCUUGGCCUUCUUUCAAGAGCUAAGCUAUACGUUGAUGCUGCUGUCCACGGCACUACCAAACUUGUGCCCUACUUCAGUUUCAUGACGUACUGCUUGAUCUCAAAAACCGAGAAACUCAUGUUUUCCACUUACUUCAUGGACUUGUGGAACCUUUUCCAGCCUAAACUUUCCGAGCCGGCGAUAGCCACCAACCACAACAAACAGGCUUUGCUCUCUUUCUGGUACAACGUGUGUGUGGACUGCCCGGAGAACGUGCGCCUUAUUGUACAGAACCCCGUGGUGACCAAGAACAUUGCCUUCAAUUACAUCCUCGCAGACCACGACGAUCAGGAUGUGGUGCUCUUUAACCGCGGGAUGCUGCCCGCCUACUACGGCAUCCUGCGCCUCUGCUGCGAGCAGUCCCCUGUCUUCACCAGGCAGUUGGCUUCUCACCAGAAUAUCCAGUGGGCCUUUAAGAAUCUCACGCCACACGCCAGUCAGUACCCAGGAGCAGUGGAAGAGCUGUUUAACCUCAUGCAACUGUUUGUAGCUCAGAGACCAGACAUGAGAGAAGAAGAGAUAGAAGAUAUAAAGCAAUUUAAGAAAACAACCAUUAGCUGUUACCUGCGCUGCUUGGACGGACGGUCUUGUUGGACCACUUUAAUAAGUGCCUUCAGAAUAUUAUUAGAAUCUGAUGAAGACAGACUUCUUGUUGUGUUUAAUAGAGGAUUGAUUCUGAUGACUGAGUCCUUCAAUACGUUGCACAUGAUGUACCACGAGGCCACAGCUUGCCAUGUCACUGGAGACCUGGUAGAACUUCUCUCUAUUUUCCUUUCGGUUCUGAAGUCAACACGUCCAUAUCUUCAAAGAAAAGAUGUGAAGCAAGCUCUCAUUCAGUGGCAGGAACGGAUCGAAUUUGCCCAUAAGCUCUUAACUCUGCUCAAUUCCUACAGCCCCCCCGAGCUCAGAAACGCUUGUAUCGAUGUCCUCAAGGAGCUUGUACUUUUAAGUCCUCAUGAUUUCCUACAUACUCUGGUUCCAUUUCUACAGCACAAUCAUUGUACAUACCACCACAGUAAUAUCCCAAUGUCUCUUGGACCUUAUUUUCCAUGUCGUGAAAAUUUGAAAUUAAUAGGGGGAAAAAGCAAUAUUCGUCCUCCACGUCCUGAACUCAACAUGUGCCUCUUGCCCACCAUGGUGGAAGCCAGCAAGGUACAGUGGUCGCAAGGACACACUGGGUGCAGGCACAGCCCCAGUGGACACUGCUAUUCAGAAAGAAUCCAAGCUCCUGCACAUGGGGCCUAUGUGCACGUAGAUGGGAAUCUGUGUGGGCAACACAUUUCGAAGAAGCACGGUUACUGUAGGGGCAAGGAUGAUGUUUACGAUCGUAUGCUGCUAGACUACUUCUUUUCUUACCAUCAGUUCAUCCAUCUGCUCUGUCGAGUUGCAAUCAACUGUGAAAAGUUUACUGAAACUUUAGUUAAAAUGAGUGUGCUGGUUGCAUAUGAAGGUUUGCCACUCCAUCUUGCACUAUUCCCCAAACUUUGGACUGAGCUCUGUCAGACUCAGUCUGCAACAUCAAAGAACUGUGUCAAGCUGCUCUGUGAAGAUCCAGUUUUUGCAGAAUAUAUAAAAUGUAUUCUGAUGGAUGAAAGGACCUUUCUCAACAACAAUGUUGUAUACACCUUUCUGACUCAUUUUCUUCUAAAGGUCCAAGGGCAGGUGUUUUCUGAAGCAAACUGUGCCAACUUAAUCAAUACUCUAAUUACAAAUCUAAUAAAUCAGUAUCAAAGCCUGGAGUCUGACUUCAGCAACCAGAGAGUUGAAAUUUCCAAAGCAAGCUCUACUUUAAAUGGGGACCUCCGAGCACUUGCCUUGCUGCUUUCAGUGCACACUCCCAAACAGCUCCAUUCGGCCCUGAUUCCCACUUUACAGGAGCUUUUAAGCAAAUGCAGAGCUUGCCAACAACAGAGGAACUCACUACAAGAGCAAGAAGCCAAAGAAAGGAAAACUAAAGACGAUGAGGGAGCGACUCCUGUGAAGAGAAGACGGGUCAGCAGCGACGAGGAGCACGCCGUGGACAGCUGCGGCGAGAUCAAAGCCGAGCCCCGCGAGGCGCUGACCCCGACGAGCACGUCGGAUAACGAGACGCGGGACUCCUCCAUCAUCGACCCGGGCACGGAGCAGGAUCCCCCUUCCCCCGAGAACGGUUCUGUCCGAGAGUACAGAAUGGAGGCGCCACCUUCGUUUUCAGAAGACGUGACGUUAGGCGCCCGCUCGCAGCGCGCGGAGGAGCAGCCGGGCGGCGGCAGAUGCGAGGAGCGCAAGGAGUUUAAGGAGCUGCAGACUCGCAAGGACUCCCCGGGGCCCGAGGAGGACCCGGAGUUCCCUUCCACGUCCAUUUCUGCCGUUCUCUCCGACCUCGCGGAGCUGAGGAGCUGCGACGGCCGAGCCUCACCCGCCCAGGACCCGGAGAGCGCGCUGGCGAUGGGCUGCGGCCACUCCCGAGGACUCUUCAGUCACGUGCAGCAGCACGACGUUCUGGACAUCCUGUGUCGGACCAUUGAGUCGACGAUCCAUCUGGUCACGAGGAUCUCCGCAAAAGGAAACCAAGCCGCUUCUUGACAUUAGCUGGAGCAUGGCUGCUUUUAAGCCCUUUUGUUUUCCUUCCCCUCCAAACGCCGUUCGUCUGAGUUCCGCCGGUUUCCGUUCCGUGCUUGGGUUUGUCCAGUGCUCUCUGCUCCGACGGCGAGACAGAUUGCUCCGCUUCCUUCCUGCUCCGGCGGGACUCCAGCUUUUUACCCUCUCUUUUCCUUUUGUUUUGGGUUUUCUUUGCAUCUACACUUUCUCCAAGGGCAAUCAGAUAAUGGGUAUGUUUUAUGUAAUUAAGAGUUCACUGUAGUGGCUUUCAUUUAAUAUGGCUGUCUGGGAGAACGGGGCCCCCUCGCCCUGGACGAUGUAAUUUAAACUUAUGGCAUUUUUACUGUGUAUAAUAUGGUGUCCUCUGUGCCAGUUUUGUACCUUAUAAUAGAGGCAGAUUGCCUCAGAUCGCUGUGGUUCUUAUUAUCAAAAUUAAGUUUACUUGUAUACUAAACAACCACAAGGAAUUUGAUUCUGUAAAGAAUCCUCUUUAGCUGUGGCCUGGCAGUAUAUAUAUGGUGCUUUAUUUAACAGGAUACCUGUGGAGGAAAUAAAGCACACUUGAUGUAAAGUUAAUUGUUUUAUUUUUAUUGACAUGAUCGAUUGCUAUUCUGUGCACUUCAUUAAACUGAUUGUGAUGACUUUUCAUUUGUUUACAA